UCCCUAGUGUGACUCGUUACCCUUAGCGAAUCACCGAAAUCCAACAAACAAAAAAAUGUUGUGUUUUUCGCGAAACAGAAGAAAACCGAAAUUGAUUUUAACGUUUUGCAAAGCUUUUUUGUAAAAUACUUAUGUAAAAACUGUGUUAUAUAAAAUAAAACAACCUUUUUUUUGUUGAAAGAUCAUCCAUUUAAAAAAACACCAUGUCGAUCGGCGUUCCCAUCAAGUUAUUACACGAAUCCGAAGGACAUAUCGUGACUUGUGAAACCAUCACCGGCGAAAUAUUUCGAGGUAAACUAAUCGAAGCCGAAGAUAACAUGAACUGCAAUAUGUCCGGCGUUCAUGUAACUUAUCGCGAUGGCAGUACGAAUAAUUUAGAAAAUGUUUACAUUAGAGGUAGCAAAAUAAGAUUCUUCAUAUUGCCCGAUAUGUUGAAAAAUGCUCCCAUGUUCAAAAAGACGGGCCCUAAGACGGCGGGCGCAUCUAGAGGGAAAUCUGGUAUUCUGCGUGCUCAAGCUGCUCGAGGAAGAGGCAGAGGUGGUAUAGGUCAGCAACGUACCGGAACUUGGGCUGGAACCCAGCGUAAAUAGUCGAAACUUCUCAUUUAUUUGUAUAUAAUAUUCGAAGAUGUAUUGUAAGCAUGAAUUGUAUUUUUAAAAUUUUCCAUUUUAAUUUAAAAUAUUAAAAAAACCACUGUAUUCUAAGUUUAUACGAAAGAAAGCGAGACGCAUUUUACAAUAAAAUGUAUUUUGUUACAGUAAAAA